AUGGAGAUUAAGACACUACGACGACGACACGGGAACAUAGCGAAUAUAACAGUGGAAAAGAAGGAAGAAGAGGACGAGCAACCGCUUAGCCCGGCGGCGCGUCUGUUUCACGCGCCGGAGUUCAACUGCUACAUCAUAUCGGUGAUUGGUUUGAAGAACAAGAUCAAGCCAGAUGAAAUUAUCCAAGGCAUAAAGCAGACUUUGAUUAAACAUCCUCGUUUCUCCAGUAAAUUGGUGAACAGUGGGAGCAACAAUAGACAAGAACAAAAAUGGGUUCGGACAAACGUGGUGGCCGAGGAUCACGUCAUCAUACCCAAAUUCGAAACGCAAGAUAUAGAAAACGCAAACGCAGACGCUUUUCUUGAGAGCUACGUCUCCGACCUCACUACGACCCCAUUAAACACUUCGAAGCCAUUAUGGGAAGUUCACUUACUCGACUUGAAAACCUCAGACGCUGAAAACGUUGCCAUUUUAAAGAUCCAUCACUCUGUUGGCGAUGGUAUGUCUCUAAUGUCUCUAGUCCUCGCGUGUACGCGUAAAACAUCAAACCCCGAUGAGUUCCCGAGCCUCCCGUAUCAGAACCAGUCUUCUUCUGGGUCAUCGCGUUUAAUGCCCGGUUCAGUGGGUGAUUCCCGGUUAUUGUGGUUGCUUAUGGCUCUAUGGUCGGCGAUUAUGGUGGUUUUGAAUACGGUUUGUGAUGCUUUGGAGUUUAUUGCUACGACAUUGUUUCUCAAGGACACGUCAACACCGAUCAAAGGCGAUUUUCGGUUAAGAAAGUGUAAACGGAUGUGUUUGGUUCAUCGUACCGUAAGUUUUGACGACAUAAAGCUAAUCAAGAACGCCAUGAAAAUGACUGUCAACGACGUUAUACUUGGAGUAUCUCAGGCUGGUCUCUCGCAAUAUUUAAAGAGAAGAUACGUAGACCAAGAAGAAUCCAUUCCUAAAGAAAUAAGGCUAAGGGCAGCUGUUCUUGUAAACAUAAGACCUACUACUGGAAUCCAGGAUCUAGCUGAUAUGAUGACUAAAGGAUCCAAGUGUAGAUGGGGAAAUUGGAUUGGUUACAUAGUUUUUCCAGUCUCUAUUGCAUUACACAAUGACCCGUUGGACCAUAUCCGAAGAGCCAAGUCCAUCAUCGACCGGAAGAAGAACUCGUUAGAGGCUGCGUUGACGUUCAUUGUCGGUAAAAUGAUUAUCAAAUCACUUGGGGUUCAGAGAGCAGCUAAUAUAUUACAUAGAGCAUUGUCGAACACAACGAUGACGUUUUCAAACUUGGUUGGUCCUAUGGAAGAAAUUAGCUUCUAUGGACAUCCCGUCACUUACAUGGCCCCAAGUGUUUAUGGUCAUCCCCAUGCGUUGACGAUGCAUUUUCAAAGUUAUAUGAACAAGAUGACUAUUUCUUUAUCUGUUGAUCCAACGGUCAUUAGCGAUCCUCAUCGGCUUUGUGAUGAUUGGGAGGAAUCUCUAAGAAGCAUCAAAGCUGCUGUCCAAAAAAGAGGCUCUACUCAGUAA